CUUGUCUUCCUCAUCUUUUCAGUCACUCACAGUCAAACAACUCUUUUUCCUCCAUAAACCUUAAACUUACAAAUUUCUAAACGAAAAAAAAGCUCCAUCUUUUUUUCAUUCAUGGGGUCAAUCUAUUUCAACCCCUUCAACAACAACAACUGGUUCAACAAACCUUCAACACCAUUCCAACCCAUCAAUCUCUUAUCCCAUUUUAAUUCCCUAAAACCCCAACAAAACCCUUUACCUUUUGCAUCCAUUUCAAACCCAUUUUCAAGAAAACCCAAAAAAACAGGUCAAGAAAAACCGGGUCAUUAUCGCAAAAUGCUUGACCAGUAUUACUGGGAAUGUGAGACCCGACCCGAUUUUCGAUAUGCCCCGGAAGUCGAACGGGUGUUGAAUGAUGACCCGGUUUUCGAGAAGAAGGAAAACCCGAGUGAAGAAGAGAUUGAGGAAAAUGAGAAGUGGUUGGAAGAGUUUAGGGAAAGCCCUGUUGUGAAAUUCUUGGCACAAGCUGAAGAGAUUGCUGAUAAGAUUAAUGAGAUUGAACUUAAAGAGAAUUCGACUCCUUAUCGAAGGGAAGAUAAGAAAUUGUGGCAGGGAGUGCCAAAUGUCAUUGGAUUGGAUGGGAGGCCAAUGCCCAGAAAAGCCAUAAAGACAAAGAAGGAGUCAAAUGACAAGUUUUGGGAUUUUGCAAGGCAGUUCUUUUUUGGGCUUUGGGGAUUUCGUCAGCGACCAUACCCACCUGGAAGGCCCAUUGAUGCUGCACAGGCUAUUGGGUACAAAAAACUUGAAAAGCGAUAUUAUGAUUUUAUUAUGAGGAGCGGUGGGUUUUUCUACAAGGAUCGAUUAGGUCGUUCGAGGGGACCGAUGGAAUUAAUACAGCUUAAGACUGCUUGGGGUGCUGGAAUCAUUGAUAAGCACACCUUCAUUUGGGGAGAGGAUAUGGAUGAAUGGGCCCCCAUCGGAAUGGUUUAUGGCAUGGAAAAAGCAAUUGCCACUUGGGAAGUUAGACUAGGUGCUGCUGCUACUGCUUUCCUUCACAAACUACAGAAAGGUAUACCUCCUUGGGUUCCUCUUAAAGGACAUGAGCCGAAGACAUAUAAGCAGAUGCAAGAAGAAGCUUAUGAGAGUAAAAGGCGUGAUUUGGCUGUACUAGAAGCAAAUGAUGGGGUCUGGCCUGGUGUAAGGACUCCGAGUCAUACCCUGUUUCUUUGGGCUAGUGGCUCAGAACUGACAUCAAUUUUGGAGGCUGACCACAUGCCAAACAAAUACAUACCAAAAGAUCUCAGGAAAGAAUUAGAGAAGGUUAUUCCUGGAUUGAGGCCAUGGGAGGUUUUAAGUGUUGAACAAGCCAUGGAUCAAAUAACAUAUGGUGGUGAAUGGUACCGUGAGCCUCUUGGUUCAUACACAACUGGCCCUCCAUAUAUUGCUGACUGGAACAAGGAUGUCAUGAGAUUGUUUGAGAUAUACCACGAUCUCAGCGUCCAGGUCUACAACAAGCUGGAUAGGACAGUUCCCGGUUUUGGAACAGUAAUGAAGCAAGUUCAAAUUGAUUCAGCUGCCAGAGAAACCAAAAGGGCAAAGAAGAGGGCUGCACAGAAGAGGGCCGAGGAGGAAAUUGCAAUUUUUGGUCGAGUUCAAAGUAAAGAUGAGUAAUAUUGCUGGUUCAUGUCGAAAGAUUUUUUUUCCUCUUUUCUGUAAAUCACAAUUCAGAUUUCUCUGUAUAUUUGAUGCCUUGAUGGUAAGGAUUUGAUGCUGGAGGAUGCAAUUUAGGACCUGCUAGAAUUCACAUUUAACAUAUUUUUGCUGUGUUAUGAGAGCUUUUUUUGUAGCUUGACGAUGAGUUAGUAACUUUUCCAGUAUGAGCACUUGACGCAUAUUGGUUGCAGAUAGCAACACAAGCUUUUCCUUCAA